UCAUUUUCCUGCGCCAAACAGCUCGGAGUCGGAACGCGUUGCGCUAACGUUCAAUAUGGCGUUAAGCAAAACAUACGGACAGAAACCUAUUAAAUUCCAACUAGAGGAGGAUGAAGAAUUUUACAUGAUUGGAUCAGAGGUGGGGAAUUACUUACGUAUGUUCAGAGGGUCUUUAUAUAAGCGCUACCCAUCACUCUCAAGAAGGCUAGCGACAGUAGAGGAGAGAAAGAAAAUAGUAGCAUCAUCUCACGCCACCAGUGUGACGCUGCUGAAGGCCUCCGAAGUAGAGGAGAUAUUUGAGGGACAUGAUGAGAAGUACAAGGCUGUGUCCAUCAGCACUGAACCUCCAGCCUAUCUCAGGUAAACCAUUUCUCACCUUUGAUGAAGAAAAUGCAUUCACACUUGCUUCAAAUUUGAACAUGGCCAUUGCAGAGGAUUCUUAUGCAUAACACAAAUGACAACAAUUACAUUUUUCA